UAAUGUGUUUGCUGACAGUGGAAUCUGUGAAAAAUCUGAAAAGUGAAAAUAAGCUUUUCUAAGACUAAAGACAAAUAAACAUAAUCCAAAUCAAAUAUAUUACUGGAAAAUGCAAUAAAUGUGUGAAAAAUAGUUAGUUAUAGUGAGUGAAGCAAGAAAAGUGCGAAAAAAUAAUCAAUACUAACGCUCAUACUCAACCACCCUGCUUUCUGUACAUACGGAAAUUUAGGCUGAAAAUAUAGAUUACUACUGUUGUACUAACGCGCACAAUACUCAGCGCUAGCGGCCACUCGGUAUUGACGCUGUGGCAACAACUACCGCGUCCGAUAUCGAAACAUGAUCACACCUAAUGCUUCAAAUUGCUGUGAAUGCGACCACCAUAUUCAUCACCAUGCGCACCACACAGCAACAGCCGCUUCGCAAACUAACGGGCAUGGUGGCGGUAGCAAUCGCUGCGGCAUAGUCAGCAGUAAUGUGUGCAGCACGCGCUGUAGGUCAAUGUUGGGCUAUCACCCCCAGUUGGCCCUUACCGACGAUGGUGACGCUAUGAUUGGAGUUAGCUGCAGCGAAACCAGCUCGGCCAGCGGCCGUUAUAGCCCACAUCCGAACGAAUUGUUUCAACAGCAUCACGGAAAACUGUCAGUCCAGCCGAUCACCGGCUAUGAUGAUACAUCAAAUUGUUGUUUGCCGCCUCCGUCUCCAGCACCGAAUAGUGAUCGUUACAUAAUGAGUCUGACAUCACCACAAACACAGGUUUCUGGUCUCCCUAAUAAUGUUAAUUGCCUGGAAAUGCACACGGCAUAUACUAAUUAUGAUGGUGACGUCGGCUGUAAUAAAGGAAAUGCGAACGGACACAUUCAUCAGACGACACAAUCGUUUUCAUCAUCUUCACCAACAUCGCCGCUGGAUGUUAAUGGCAUUAGUAAAACAACUUUGACACCAAAGUACGUAAGUAGCUUGCAAGAGUGUUCCAUUUCACCGAAUACGCGUUUUCGUUUACCGGAGCGAAUCCGUGAGGUGCCUAUGCCUAAAUCUCUGAUAAUGACUAGCCCAUCCAGCGUUGGUAGCCAACCAGCAUAUGCAUCGACCGCAGUUACAUCGCAACCUUCCAGUACCACACGAUAUGUUUCUUCCACGCACUUUUUAAAACAAAAUACGCCACUGGUGACGAGCGACACAUACACAUACCUUUCAUCUACAGUGCACACUCCAGUGAAACGAUAUGUACCAACACCUCCCCCGCCAAAUGAAUUAUAUUCGGACGUAUCAAUGCAGCCAACUCCGGUACAGCAAACAUCAAUCAAAUGCGGAGCGAAUAUCAAUAUGGUUGGCGUUAGCGGUGGAGGAGGGCGUGCAUCAACACACCAUGGUAGUACGCUACCUUAUCGCUUUCGAAUGAAAUGUUGCACUAACGAAAGUCAACCAAUACAGACAACCAAUACAGCGUCCUCAAAUUUGACGCAUAAUCUUGAGCAUCGACCACUAUCGUUAAGCGAUUAUUACGGCUCCUCGCCACAAACGCGAUCAAUCUUCGUCAAAAGCAGCCACAAUAGUCACAGUGGCCGUAACAGCAGCGGUUCCAAUAGUGGUAAUAAUGUUAAUGACAAUACCAACGGUGCAGGUAGUUCUAAAACCACUACUGCUUCGGGCAAAGAUUCUUCGACCAUCAUUUUGCAUGAUCAACAAAUGCAAAUAAACGGCCAUUCGUCAGCCGCUAAGGUGCAUGGCACUACGUCAUGGAUUUUCUCCUCAACGUUGGCAGGUUCCGCUGCUAUGGCAACAUCAGUCAGAACGUCCACUGCAUCAUCGGUAGCAGUUGCUAGCGACAAUGGUAAUGGAACAUAUGUUGUUGGAGGCAAUAGGUUAAGUUCGACCAAUACUGCACGCAUAAAUAAGGCACAUGUAAUAAACGAUUACAUUCAACGUACACCAAGUAUUGAAUAUAUAAAUGCCACUGCAACGGCCGCGGUCGGUCGCCUUUGCACAACAACCACAACGCAAAUGGAGCCUUCCUCCGGAAGGGGUACUAACAGCAGUACCGGCAUGAGUUCAGGCACUGGAUCAGCUACCACCUGCUUACACUGCAACACAGUUCGCCGCACAACAGGCGUUCACCAAACCACACAGACAACGGGCCCAAUUAGUCCUAUACCACUACCGCAAAUGAUGGAUGGCAGCAGCAGUGGCAUUGUCGGCAUGAACAGUUGCAAUAGUGGUUUUUUGAAAAAUGUACUAGAUCAAACGUCGCUUACACUAACGCCAUCCACCAGCGCGUCGCACAUCUCCCCACUCUCACCAUCAGGUACAUACCAUUCACGUAUUCUGUUUCCUAAUAAACUCGAUGAUGACAACUUAAAUGGCAUCGAACAGAUGCAACACCAACAGGGUGACCAAAUAUACUUAGCGCCAAAGUCACAACCACAACCAAAAAAUUUUGUAACACAAGGUAUAAUCACGGAGCAUGUUGCAGUUGUUGGCAACAGUGUAGGCGGCCAGCAGCAACAACAUCAAGCGGGGGAUAGUGGUCGUCAGCUACUUCAACAAUCGCUUAUACAGUCGCAGCAAACAUCACUACAUCAGCCGCCACCGCCGUCGCCGUUACAAAAACUAUCCAUGCGGCGCUUUCCUCGUAAAAAGCGUUUCAGUCAAUAUAUUCGUAAGGAGAUAGCACGCUUCUUUGGCAUAGAUGCCCGCACGGAAGCUGAGGAGUUUGCUGUAUGGCAAGGUCGGCAACGACGUUUGGCCCUCCGACGCUUUGGUGCGUUGAAAUGCGAAAGUGAGCUGCAUGCAGAAAUCAUCAAUAACAAUCCAGGUGAGGCUAGCAACCGAUUGAACUGCUAUGGUGCCACCGGUGGGACUAAUCAACAGAACCAUAAUUAUCAUUAUCAUCAUUCGGAAAGACCUGACAUACUACCCACUCACGAUACGGAAAAUAAUGGCCUGCCAAUUGAAUAUUCCACACGUCGAUGCCACUUCGUGUAUGCCGACUUUCAAAUAGCCGAUAAUGUCGAGCGCAAAGCGUCUGUGUCUGCUAUGAUUAUAUCCAGUUUAAACUAUAUUGUUUAUUCUCUAAAUAGACGGCAGCCGCGUAAUUAUCGACAAUGGUCUCGCAGCUUCGCGCCAGCUCAUUUAAACAAUAUCAAUGACAUCGUCAACUCAAGCGAUGUUUUUGAAGGUUUAUCAGCACUACAAGAAGACGAAAUGUUUUUCGACUCUACUGGUACUGAGCAAAUCGUAGCCAAUGAAAACUCAAAUGGUGGAAACAGCUAUAUUGGCGCAGUUGGCGGAGUCAUGAGAACCGAGGGCCCCAACAAGCCUGCUAACAAUGGUGUGAAAAUGAUCGAAUAUCAUCGGCAGAUAUACAUGGGUGAACGCGUACAUGGUUGGCGCACGUCGGCUGUAAUGAGCGGUAACACACAUUGCACCACUAAUAAUGAACAAGGAAUUGCAGCAGUAUUGCUAAAGCCAGCAUCGAAAAUCAGUGGCACAUUUGGGGGUCAACAGCCAAGCAACGACGGUUCAUACCAAUCCAAAAAGUCGGGAAAUGUAGCAGCCUCACUGCCAAACGUACAAUUCAUGAACGGGACGCGAGGGGAUCGCAUAUCACCACAGCUACUCGAUGGUGUACUUGAGAAUUCCCGACGUCCCAUUCAGAGAAAAGUGAAAUUACUUUCUGUUAAUGAUCUCGAUGAUCGUGCCGAUCACCGACUAUUUUUUACUUAUUGGAUCAACACAGUGCAGAUAGUAGUGCUCUUAUUGUCUCUCAUCUGUUAUGGUAUUGGGCCUGUGGGUAUUGGAGUGGAGUUAAAGACUGGGCAGGUAUUGGUUACUAGCCUUAGUUUGCAAACGGUGCAACACAUGGAACAACGUAACGUAUGGAUCGGGCCUAGAAAUAAUGAUUUGGUGCAUAUGGGGGCGAAGUUCGCUAUCUGUAUGCGAAGCGAUGUUCGCAUUAUGGAUGUGGUGCUAAAAAUGCGACGCCAAGAACGUGAAACAGCUUGCUGCAUUCGUAAUGAUGAUUCUGGGUGCGUACAAAGCUCACAGGCGGACUGUUCCGUGCGCGGACUUUUUCCAACAAAGUCCAUAUCAACAUGGAAAAAGUGGUCACCUGGUGAUUCAGGACCUGGUGGUCGCAUUUCCGGAUCGGUUUGUGGCCUGGAUCCAAAGUACUGCGACUCACCAGCAUCUAUAGCACCCUACGAAUGGCCAGACGAUAUCACUAAAUGGCCCAUCUGCCGCAAGACAAACACUUUUUCACAACGUUUCCGCUACAAAGAUAAUACUGCAGAGCACAUGGCUUGUGAAGUGAUUGGUCAUCCGUGUUGUACCGGAGCCUAUGGCGAGUGUCGCAUUACUACCCGCGAAUACUGUGAUUUCGUCAAUGGAUUUUUUCACGAAGAGGCUUCGCUGUGUUCGCAGUGACAUCUAUACUAUAAAGGUGAAUGCCUGUACGUUGUCCGCGCAUCACUACGAAACGACAACACCAAAUGGCUUAAAAAUUUUUAUACAUUCAUAUUUUCACCCAAUGAAGGUUAUAGGCAUGUUUUUAUGAUGCAACUCCCUUCCCACAGCCCUCAGGCCGCGCCACCACUCUCAUUCGUCACUAAUAAUCGAAUAUUUGCUUAAAUUUAAUCUAAAAAAUCUUAGUUUUUCCUAUUUCCCACUAUUUAUAGCACACUCUAGACUUUGUAAUCCGCAUAAGCUGUUCAACUAUGACCCAAAUGCAAAGUUCAAAAACGGUUUGAGAUAGAAAAUUAAUAAAAAUAAUUUUGCUUGAUAUUUUUCUGAUAGGUUGUUUUGAUUUUAUUCAACGAGGCAUAGCAACGGAUUCCGG